AUGACGUAUGUAGUAAACAGAAAUCGUUUAAUGCGACCACAUCCAUUUCACAUGGUACUUUGCGGUUUAAAACAGGGGACGAAUCAGUUCGCCUUUAUGGAAGAAGCUUUCGGCGUAAACGCUAAGGGAUCAAGUGUUGAAAGCCUUUAUAGUCUUCCUUGGUCAAUUACUCCUGAUCACUUUUCAAAAGCAUUUCCCAUACAUAGUCAGGAGCAGCCUGUGAUAUUAUUAUCACCAAACGCUCGCCGUACAUUCGAAGCUGGAGAAUAUGAUCAUAAUGCAGCCUAUGUAAUUGGUGCAGUAGUUGAUAAGGCCAUUCGAAGGCCAAUAUCUUCUGCAAUAGCAAGACAGCUAGGCAUCAAAUGUGUCAGUCUACCUCUGGAUCGCUAUUUGAAAUGGGGAAGUGGCAAAAGCAAAACACUGUCCAUAAACUGUAUACAUGGGAUAAUGGCUACAGCAAAGGAAACUAAUGGCGAUUGGAAGACAGCUCUAAUUGAAAAUAUUCCUACUCGGUUCUACUCUUCACCAUCAAAGACAAAAUCUUCUUUAAUCUAUAGAAAUUUAUAA